AUGCAGCGCUGCCAAAGCGCUUCCGUGCGGCACUGCGUUGCUCGCUGCCAGCGUGACGUUCCGGCACUCGUAUGCGGCAAUUCGAGAUGUGGAUUUAAUGUGGAAUCCGCCCUAAUAUGCUGGAACUGUAGCUUGCGGGGCGGUCAACUUUCACCCGGCUCAAGUCGAAGGGAAGGCACAUUCUCCCCUUUGUUUAGCGCACGCAAUGCGCGCCACUUCUCCUCAAAGAAACGUGAUGGAGGGAGUGGGGAAAAGGAUUCCGACCCUAGCGGCAGCAGCGCUGAGGAUGGCAAGUCGGAGGACAUAGAUCAGCCUCCAAGGGUUAUCGGCAGCAUUUUUAAUGGACAACCGAAUAUUAUAUUCCAGGUUAUACGUGGCCAGAAGGUGGAGAAGCAACGGAUAGGACGAAAUGCCACUGGUGGUAAGAUAAGGCGUUUGCCCAUACCCAUAAAGACUGAAGAGUCGGCAUCCAAUGGCACUGAGGCCGCCACAUCCAACGAGGCCCAUCCAGCAGAUGGAGCCGUGCAUGAAGAACACCCGAAAGCUGAGGCAUCGCAUGAAUCUGUACUGAAUGAGGAAACUACUGACGGUGAAACCGUGGAUCAACAGCUCAUUGCGGUGGGUGAAUCGAUUCAAACCGAUCAUGAUGGCGCCUUUGCUGUUAUCGACACCCAAACCGUGGGAGAGGACAGCACCGUAGUGGCAAACAACGGCGACAAGGGUGAAGAUAAAGUAGAAACGCCUGAAUACGAUGGCAAUGCCCCUGUGCAGUUUAGACUGCCCAUAUUGCACUUCCACUCGACCAGCCGCCUGCAUGCUCUGCCGGCACUGGCCAUGUUCCAGAAGCCUGCAUUUCCGGGAUUCUAUCAGGUGCUGCAGAUACAGGAUCAGGCAGUACUGGAGUGCCUCUCAAACGUGAAGCAGAACGCUGGCAACGACUAUGUGGGUGGGUUCCUCACGAAGACACAGCAUACACGCGACUUCCAAAAUGUUGCAAUGCCGAUGCUGAGGGACGACGCUGGAGCGGUGCAAUCUUAUGAAGAGAUGCACGUAUACGGCACCCUACUACAGGUGAUUACGAUUACACCUCAUCUAUCGCAUCAGGGAGGCCAGGUCAUACUGAUGCCGCACCGCCGCAUCAAGAUGACCGGCAUACAUGCCGAACCCUCGGAGUCUUAUCCGCUAUACAGGGUUUCCAUCGAGUACGUUGAGGACGACCUCAAGAACUUCGAGGACUCCCGUGUCACCAAGGCGCUGCAUCUAGAAAUCAUCGCUACGGUCAAGGAGCUCAUCAAGACCUCCAACUUCUACAAGGAGCACUUCGACCACAUCAUCCGCAUAUACAACCUAGACAAUCCGUCGCGCAUCGCCGACCUCAUUGCAGGGAUAUCAAUGGCUAAACGAGACCAGCUGCAGGCCAUACUUGCGGAGGUCAACAUCGACAAGAGGCUGGCCAUGGUGCUUGAGGUCGCGAAGAAUGACCUCGAAUUCGCCAAGGUGCAGGCUGAGGUGAAGACGCAGAUUGAGGAGAAGAUGUCGCGCGAACAGCGCAAGUACAUCCUCACGGAGCAGAUGAAGAUGAUCCGCAAGGAGCUUGGCCUGGACAGCGACGACAAGAACACGCUCAUCGAGGCCUUCGAAAACGAGUUUGCCAAGGUUGAGAAGUUCAUGAGCAAGGAAGCAUCUGAAAGCUACAAAAGUGGCAUCAGCAGGCUCAAGCAGCUUGAAACUUCUAGCGCUGAGUUUGGCGUAUGCAGGUCGCACCUCGAGUGGCUGCUCGGCAUGCCCUGGGGCAAGUUCACAAAGGAUUCGCGCGACAUACGCAACGCACGACAGGUUCUGGAUAAGCACCACUUCGGUCUGAAGGACGUAAAAACCAGGCUUAUGGAGUACAUGGCUACGUCCAUACUGAAGGGCACAGCCAACGGCAAGAUCAUCUGCCUGGCUGGUCCUCCGGGGGUGGGGAAAACAUCCAUCGCCACUUCCGUGGCCGAACUACUGGGACGGAAGCUCUAUCGCUUUUCACUUGGUGGACUGUUCGAUGUCGCCGAACUUCGCGGCCACAGGCGCACCUACGUCGGCGCGCUGCCCGGUAAGUUCGUUCAGGCUUUGAAGUACACGGGCUCCAUGAACCCGCUGAUAGUGCUCGACGAAAUCGACAAGCUGGGUAGGGACGCCAGGGGUGACCCCGCAUCGGCGCUACUGGAGGUUCUUGACCCUUCGCAGAAUGAGUACUUCCGCGACUACUACCUGGACAUUGCGGUGGACCUGUCGCAUGUGCUCUUCAUUUGCACCGCCAACGCCGUGGACACCAUCCCAGCGCCGCUAAUUGACCGCAUGGAAAUCAUCAACAUACCCGGAUACCUCCCUGAGGAGAAGCUCCAGAUCGCCAAGAACUACCUGAUCCCGCAGACCCUCAAGUCCACCGGGCUCCAACCUGACGUCAUUGAGAUGCCCGAUUCAACCAUACAGGCAGUGAUCGAACACUACUCCCGCGAAGCGGGAGUGCGUAGUCUGCUGCGCUGUAUCGAGAAAAUAUACCGGAAGGUUGCGCUCAACAUUGUCAUGGACAAUGCCGACAAACUGGAGCCGGCCAGUGCAAACAGUGCGGAGGAAUCCCCAAUUGUGCUUGGUGCCAGUGAGGAUGCGAAGGUAUCUGGCGCAAUUGCUAUUGCAAACCCAGACGAUAUAGCAUCCACAGCUGCUUCCAGCGAGUGCGGCGAUCAGUCCGCUGAAGCGAGCUCUGACGAUGAGUCCGUGAGCUCCGUGCUUUCGGGUAUAGAGAAGUUGGUGAUUGAAGAGGACAAACUGCAGUCGUAUUUGGGAGUACCAAUCUACACCAGAGACGCGCUCCACCCCUACCCGCUGCCUUACGGCGUGGUCAUGGGACUGGCGUGGACCAACGCCGGCGGCGCAACCAUGUAUGUCGAGGCCCGCGGACAAAUGGUCGACAAACGCGGCAACUUAGUGGAACCCAAUCGCACACCUGCCUCCAAGUUAACUCCUGAAACUGCUGAAGAACCAAGUGAGGAAUCCAGCUUCGGCUCAUUCCACGGCACGAUGAAGGUAACGGGACACCUGGGAAAUGUCAUGACGGAGAGCUCGCAAAUCGCGCUCACCUUCUGCAAGACAUUCAUACGCAAACACCAGCCGCGCAACCUCUUCCUGGACGAGGCUCAUAUCCACAUCCACGUCCCGGAGGGUGCCACACCGAAGGACGGUCCCAGCGGUGGCAUCACCAUGGCCUCUGCGCUCAUUUCCGCAGCUGCCAAGAAGCGCAUCAAGCCUCAUUUGGCCAUGACCGGGGAGCUCACACUAUCGGGCAAGGUGUUGCGCGUCGGCGGUAUCAAGGAAAAGCUUAUCGCCGCAAUCCGUGAGGGCGUGACGACCGUGGUUUUGCCGAAAACCAACGAACCCGACGUUCUGGACCUUGAAGAGAGCGUCACUAGCAAGCUCAAUGUGAUAUACGUGGAGAGCUACGACGACGUGUACAAUGCGGUUUUCGACCACGACUCAUCGUGA